CGCAAAACUGGAUAUGAAACUCAUAUCCAAUUUGAAGAAAAGGAAAGAAACUUAUCAAAAGAGGAGGAUAGGGUUAAAAAAGAAGCUCGUGGAAUUCACUAUACUUUGUGAUGUGCCUGCGUGCAUGAUUCUCUAUGGACCCAGCCAAGGUAACCGUCCAGUUGAAGUGGAGACAUGGCCGCCUGAACUUGAUAAAGUUAAUGGCAUUAUCGAACGGUAUCGACAAGUACCCGAGGAAGAUAAACAAAAACGGCGUCAGGAUCUUUAUGAUUUCUUUCAAGAACGUAAGAAGAAAACUGAAGCUGAUCUCGGUAAGUUACGGAAAGAACACGAUGAAUUUCAAUACUUUGAUGAUCAGUUCAAAGGGUUAGCUGUUGAGCAACUUCAACAAGUUUUACAAAGACUAGGAUCCAAGAUGGAAAGUGUGGAUGAGAGAAUCGAACAAAAGAAAAACCAGGAUAUGAAAGGGAUGACUAACCAGUCCAAUGUAGCACCUUAUUCCAUGCCAAACACUUCAUUUGAAGGAAACAUGUUCAGGAAUAACAGUCAACAACAACUUGACGGGUCUCUGUAUAGACCAUUGUUCGGUGGUCAAGGUGUCUUAACAGAAUCAUCACAGCCAAAGACGAAUGACUAUCAACCCUAUGAUAUGUUUAAUACUGCAUAUCCCUACGGAAAUAUCUCUUACGAUCCCCCAAUGCUCUCAAGGGGGAACAUGGAAUUUGGAAAUCCGGGAUCCUCUACAUUCAGCAUGAUGCCGACACCGACGUUGAUGCCAAUACCUUGGUCAGGUUCGAUGCCUUCGGCUGGGUAUCCAUCUCAGGCGCAUUACUAUCAAUCACCAAUGCAGCAUGGAUCUUCAUCAUCUCAUGAGCCUCAACAUUCGUUCACCAUCAACUCAUUUCCCAUGUCUUCAGGACCAGCUUUACGUCAGAUGAAUUACCCGCCAGAAAGAAUCUUUUAG